AUGGUGACCACCAAUGCCGGCGCAACGGCAACGGCAACAGCCCCAACCACAACCAACAACAACAACCUGCAGACGAACAACAACAGUCAUGCGGCGAACAACAACAACGAUGACUUUGACUUUGACCAGGACGAUGGCCUGCAGGACCUGGGCUUGCCGGUGUCCGUCCAGACAUUCCUGUGGCGCCAAAUAGCGCCCUUCAUCCGGCCAAAGCUCGGCAAGCUGCACGAGUCCACCUGCCUGUUUUGUCAACAUGCACCGGGACACCAUGAGUCAAAGGAAGCCUGCAAGUCCUUCGAGAAGGUGCUCGUGCAGAACAUACAGUUCGGUCUGUCGCCGCCUCUUACGAAGGCCCUGGGUGCCAUUCCGCGCUGGCGCCUGCUGCAGGGCGCCCUGCCACAUGUCAUGCACGCUUGCGCCGCCCUGCUCUACAAUCGGGUUAAGGAUAUGCAGGCCAUUGGGCCCGUGGAGACCAAGCUGCUGUACACGAUGCAGUGGAUCCUGCUCUAUGCGGCCGAGGAGUGUGCCGACGACGAGGGCGGCGAGGAGCUCGGUCUGGGCGAGACUCCCGCGGAGCCCAAGUCCAAGCCCAUCGAGCAGUAUCUGUUCUCCGUGCCCACGAUUGCCCUGUUUGUGUAUCUGUUCGCACCCAUCAUAUCCCACCUGAAGGAAUCGGAUUUCCAAAACUUUCGCCUGGAGAACGGCAUCAAGCUGUGGCAGGGCAUGUGGGACAAUCGCGCACCCGGAGCGCCGUGCUUUACGGCGCCGGUUAAGCCGAAGGCCCGCAAUCUGCUCUGUGCGCCCACGCCCAAGGGCUCCACGGAUGUGUUUCCCACACGCAAGCACUCACUCAGUGGCGAUGCAAUGUCCCCCAAGGCCGACUCACCGCAGAGCGGCAUCUCUGACUAUGGCAGGCAGGACGAGGAGGGCUCCUGGGUAUCCUCUCCCAAGGAGUUUGCCUUUCCCGAGACCAUUCCCGAGGAGGCUUCCAGCGUGGAGGACGAACGUGUCGUCAUAUUUCGGCUGCCAUCGGCGCCGCAGCUCAUGGAUAAUUCAUUCUUUACGGCCGAUGCCAGCCUGCUCCAGCAGCAGCUGUCGCAGAGCAGACGCGGCAGUCGUCAGUCCAUGAACUCCCGCGACAAGGAUAAAAUUCCCUCGACCAAGUUCGAGUUUGAUCAGCAGGAACUGAUGCGCGGUGCAUCCAUGAAGGAGAAGCGCAGUGCCUCCAUCGAGAAGGAGACGGACUCGGAUAAGUCCGAGAGUGUCAAGGCAGAUGUCUCGGCCGCCACCUUCCUCGAUGUGGCAGUGCUGCGUUGCCUCUUCAUCUCGCACUGGCAGGAGGAGGGCAUCUUCUGGAGUCUGCAGUACCUAUACAAUCGUCUGAGUGACAUUGGUGAGGAGGCGGCCAUUACCUUGAAUCAGCCCCGGAAGCGUUCCAACUCCUUGCCCAUACCACAAAUCGAGAUAUCGCUGUAUCAGGGCCCGGGCAGCAACAGUCGCGACAGUCCCGGCAGCUCUGUGGUCAAGGACUACAUCGAAAUACCAGAAUCAGCGCCCACAGUGACAGCUGUUGUUGAGGAAACUGCCACAGCGCCCAGCAGCUCAGAGCGUCGCGGUAGCGAGAAGAAGAAACGCGUCAAGAUGGCCGAUCUGCGGGCCUUUGUGGAGACGAAAAUGUUCUCGAAAUCGGAGAAGAACUUGGAAAAAGUAGGGCUCGACACAAACUCAGCCAAUGGCAAGACACCACUGCAACUGCAACAAGCAGAGUAUCAUCGCAGCCUGGACACGGGCGAGAAAAAACUAUCGCGCUCUGCAUCCAUGAUAAGUCGCGAGCCAGCCAGUAAUCUGAUCAAGGGCAAGUCCAUGCCUAGUCUCAGCUGUCUGCUUGAUAGCGGAUACGUAGAGCCACCGAAGGCCCCAAGGCCCUCGCAGGUGGCAUGUCCACGCUCCACGGCCUUCUAUCCACGGAAUCCCAUCAUUACGGUGACAGAGCACACGCCCACACCAUCGCCGGACUACAUCAAGCGACAGGGCUCCAUCGACUCGCAGCUGGAUGCAUUGAGCAAUGGUGGCAGCAUCGGUGGCAUGCCUGGAAAUGGUGGUGGCAAUGGGAGUGGCGGCGCUGGUAGCACCACCACCCGCUAUCGUGGCCAAAUGCUGCGCUCCCACACAGACUCGCACAUCGAUUACACGGGCGUGGACGAGUCCGAGGCGCCCGGCUCCUCCUUCUACAUAACGCGGGACGGCGGCAUUGACUACGAGAUCAUUCUGCUGGCCAUAAGCAACGUGUUCAAGCGGGAUCCGGCCUUGGUCUGCUCUCUGCGUGUCCUCGAGGCUGGUCUCAACAUCUGCGAACUGCUCAUCGAAAUGGGCGUUCUGAAACUGGGCGAACAUGCCCACGAGAUAUCCAUGAGCAUCACACGACGCGCACUCCAGGUGCUGGGCUGUCCACACGGCUGCAAUGAUGGUGUUCGCGGUCCUCCUGCCGACUUUCUGCGCAACCAGUGCCAGAAGAUUCUGUCGCGAAUGCUGCGCCAGGCUGGACAGCGCACCAAGCGCUACAUGCAGGAGAUGGUGAAGACGUCGCCGCUGCCCGAGCUGAUUGACUACUUCCACGCCUUCCUGGCCUUCUGUGUGGAUCCCAGCUCGCUGCUGUCGCCAUUGAGUCAGGGCGGCUAUUCGACAAAUUUUAGCGGCGGAAUGAGCGGCGGCGCCGAGUCCCAGGUCGUUGGCGCUGUCUUCAAGCCGCUGGUCAGCCGCUUUGUGGAGGCAAGCAAGGAUCUGAAGUCGCCGGAGAAUAUUGCCCUAUAUGGCGACAUCCGGCAGCUGGUCACCUACGUGAAGGGUGCCCACGGUGGCCCAUUCCGCAUGGUGGCCCUCAGCGGCAUACUGGCCGUCACACCGCGUCCCCACAAAAAGGGACCCACGGCCCAGACCACACGCGUCAUAAGACACAUUCCACAGUCGAAUGUGACGCACAGCAUCCCGAACGAUGACAAUCGCUCCCAGCGGCGUUUGCUGCUGAAGAAGCGGAGCACCUCAUCGGCCUGCGCGAGCCUGCUGGAGACGGAGACAUGCGAGGAGCACUACAAGACCAGCCAGUCGCCGUUGAGCAACUUCCGGCGCCGCACCACCGGAGUGCGGCCGACACUGACGCCGCGGCACAGUGAGCGGGCGCUGCUCUCCGAUUCCACGUCCAGCUCGGAACGCAAUUCGUUGGGACGGCUCAGCGGCUUGGUGCGCUGGUUUCGCGGCACGCCCAAGGAGGCAUCGUCCAUUGAUCUGGAGAUUGGCUCCCUGAACCCAGAGAUAUCCUCCACAUUUAUGAGGCACGCCUCGCUGAAGAUACAGCGUGGCCGGUCGAGCGAUGGCAUUGGGCGUUCCAUACAGCGCGCCAAGCGACGCGUCGAGCGGCGGCUGAACCGUUUCGGCGGCAUUGUGAAGGGCAAGAAGAAGGUGGGCGGCAUCGAAGAGACAGCGGACUUCAGUCGGCGCAGCUCCUCGGACAUGUGCGACGGGCCGCGUGAGUCCGAGGUGGUCAUACUCAAGGAACGCAAGCUGGUGCCCACCGAGCCGGUGCGCGUGGGCAUGCUGCGGCUCUCCUUUCUCCUCGAGACAUGUGCGCCCGGCUCGUUUCCCGAUCCCCAGCUGGUGGCUGCCGUCCUCGAUUUGCCGCAAGCUCCGCUGAUCUCGCGUGCCACUUUUCUGCUGGAGUGCGCGCACUUUGUGCAUCUGUGCAACAAGGGCCAGUGGCCCGCCUGGAUGAAGCAGAACGUGGGCAGCUACCGGGCGUCGGGGGCCAACAUCAAUGUGAACCAGAUGAAGCAGCAGGUGAGCCAGACGAGCGCCCGGCGCACCCACAUCCUGCAGCGAGCCGCUGGCAAAAUGUUCCACCAAUGGGCGGAGAUAGUGGGCGCCCGGCUGGAGGAGAUACUCUUCACCGAGCGGCUGCAGUACGAGGCGGUCAAUGCCAGUCUAACCGAUCCCGAGAAGCAGCGCGAGCUGCUGCAGCAGGACGAGGAGGAGGACUUCCUGGACGAGACAUCCGUGAAUCCGCACGGCAAUGACUGUCCGCACUCGCUCAAGCUGAUUGCCUGCGUGCUGCUCUUCGAGAUAACGGCCUUUCUGCGCGACUCCUACAUUAUGCUGCCUAGGACAUCGAAGCUGAUCCAUCGGGACAAGCCGGCGCCCUGGGAGAAGGUCUAUCGCGAGGCGAAUCGUCGCUGGUCCAUGGCCCUCAGCUCCAUGGGUCACUCGCAGACAUCGGCCCAGAGCCUGCAGUCCAUUGCCGCUGGCAACGAUGGCGCCGGCCAAUCGGAGCGGAAGAUCUCCUUUGUGCUCCACGAGCCAGACAACGAGUCCGAGAACAGCAGCAACACCACCCUAACCAAGGAGGGAGAAGAAGCACCACGUCGUCCCGCUGCUGCGUCUGCAGUGCGUCCGUUUUUGCUGCGCCGCGGCACAGCCACCACCACGGGCGGAUCCUUCAAGCGUCGCUCCCUGAAGCUGCGUCGCAACACAAAGGACAGCAAGGAAAUAGAAACAGAUUUUAACUCACAAUCCCGAAGGAAGGUAUCGUCGCUCUCCGACCGCAGCGACACCUCGGAACAGGGCAUGAUCAGCGGCGGCGAGGAGUCGCCGGGUAUCCUCAGCGAUGACCAGCAGCCCGAAUCGCCCACCGACUCCAAUGAGAACGAUGACACGGCAAAGAACAUGCCCUGGCUGAAGGCAGUCAUCGAGAUGAUGUCCAGCUACAAUUACUACUGCACCCACAAGGGCUACUGCCAUCCGUUCUGCUACAAGCGCCACAUGCGCUCCUGCACACGGCUGAUAAAGGCCACCAGAAAGGUUUAUGGCGAAGAAUUUGGAUUUACCUUUGAUGCAGAUCAUCCGACGGUGGAGCCGACUGUCAUUAGCUCCAGCAAGCCGCACAGCUCGCGCGCUCGCUCCACGCGCAAAGUGUCCGAGCAGAGCUCAACGCAGACAUCUCCGUCCAAGCGCAAGGACAGCCUGUCCCGCAAGGAUCGCAUCAGCGAUGAUCCUGACCUGGAAAUGGCAGAGAAACUGGCCAAGGCGUUCCGCCAGGAGAAGGAAAAGAAGCUGCAGGAGGAGCCAGCGAUCCUGAAGUUUAUACGGGUGCACAUACGCAACCUGUUCCACUUUCCACUGGCCACCCUGCUGAAGGGUGCCGUUGUCCUCACCGAGGAGAUGGUGAUCGAGGCCAUGCCGGCCGCCUGGGAGCUGCUGCUGGAGACCAACCACGACACGGCCACCUCGAGUGCCGCCGUAUUCCUGAUGGGCUCCGUGAAGGCGCAGAAUUUCGCCUUCGAUAUCAUGCAGCGGGCGCUGAAGCACAGGGAUCCGGACAUACGCAUUGGCGCCAUUCAGCGCUACUUGGUGCUGUGGAAGUGCCGCUUCCACGUGUGGCCCCGCAUGGAGGACAAUGCGCACGAUGUGACCUUCAAGGUGCCACCGGGCGGCAUUGAGUUCACACUGCCAUCGCCCAAAAUCGGCAUCGAGAGCCUGCCGGUGGUGGAUCCGCCCUGGAUGCCCGUGCAGCAGACCAAAGACAUGGACGUGACGCUCAACCAGGACAGACAUCGCUCCCUGGUCACCGCCACGAAGAGCCGCAAGAUGCAGCAGACGGAGGCCAUACGGAAUGCGCUGCGCCAGCAGCGGGACAAGCAGCGAGCGGAGCGGCACAGCUUCCUCAUCACCAUGAUACCGAUCAGUCAGCAGGCCUCGCACGAGCCCGGCAUGGAGAAGCUGGAGGAUCACGAGGAUCAGGAGGAACUCGAUGGCACCCGAAUGUCCUCGCACCUCCACCACUCCCACUCGCUCUUUCCCUCGGUGCUGUGCUCGUCCGUGAUGCAGAUUGUGGGCUGUCUGGACGACGCUGCCAUCGGAUCGGAUGGCAAUGCGGUCUACGAGAUUGCCUACCAGGUGAUUUGGGUGUGCCUGGUCGAGGAAUCGGCCCUGUUCCUGCGCUAUGUGUUCGAGCGCCUGACCCGCGACCGCCAGGACCAGAUGUUCAAGCUGCUGCGACACCUCAUCCGCUUUGUGCCCCGGCUGCCCCAGCAGGCGGCCUUCGCCCUGUACAACUCCAUCAUUGGCUACAUCAUGUUCUAUGUGCGCUCGUCCAACGAACUCAAGCAGGAGCUCGUGGGAUCGGCCCUGUCCGUGCUCUGGAUGGUGGUGCACUCCGUCCACGGCAUUAUGUUCAAGGACCUCAAGCAGAUUCUGCGCAAGGAGCAGUGCGAUGCCUCCAUUCUGCUCACCGCCAAUGUGCCCGCCGCCAAGAAGAUUGUGGUGCACGGACCGGCCGACGAUGACUACAACAUACCCUCGCAGUUUCCGGUGCAGGAGGACACCCUGUUCUGCCAGCUGCUGAAGGAGGCCCUCGACUACUAUCCCAUUGACGAGAAGAACACGAGCCACUACUGCCUGGUGGACUACAAGAGCAGCAAAAUCCUCAAUCCCAAUUGGUACAUACGCGACUUGUACUUCUUCAAGCGGUCGCAGUAUCCGGAGGUGCGUCUAAUGCUGAUGCGUCCGGAGGAGUCCUUUCUGGCACUGCAGAAGCAGGAGCUGAGCAAGAAGUUCGUGGAGAUCGGCAAGGUGCACCUGACCUGGGCCAUUCUCAAGAACGUGGACAUGGUGGUGCAGCGUGUCGUCUUCCUGCACGAGGAGCUGAUGAAGCUGCCUUCGUUCCCGCGAAAGGCGCUCGAGGUGGACCUGGAUCUGCACCAUGGCGGCGAGUAUGGCAAGGUGCUGCUCGGCCUCGAUGUCCUGCACAAGUUCAUGUGGGUGCGCCUGAUAGCCCGCAUGUUCGAGGCCAUGGCUGGCAACUUUGCCUACUCGGCGGACAUACAGCUCUUCCUCAAUGUGCUCUCCGGCGCCUCCAUCCUGCACGCCGAGGACUCGUGCAUAAUGCGCUACGUGAUGGCCACCUUCAUCAAUGCCGCGUUCAACUUUAAGAACAUUUUCUCCACGAACGGCUACUUCAUGAUCAUGCCCACACUGCUGCAGGUGUACUCGCUGCAUCAAACCAACAAACUGAUCACCACGACCAUCGAGUACGCCGUAAAGCAGUUCUACCUGCUCAACCGCAAGCCCUUCAUUCUGCAGAUGUUCGGCUCCGUUUCGGCCAUACUCGAUACGGACGAGGACGGCACCUACGGCGAGGCGCACAAGGUGCAGUCCAGCUGCCUGUUCAACUUGCUGCUCAGCCUGGAGGAUCCCUCGCCGGAUCCACUCAACAUUGCUGAGCUGGUGAAGGAGCCCAAGCCCCUGAAGGCCAUUGACUUCUGCUACCACGACGAAGACGACGAUGUCACGGUAUUGGACUGCAUCACGCUCUGUGUGAUGGUCGUCUCCUACUCCGCGGAGAGCACUCGAGGCUAUCAAAUGCUGAUCAUCUUGGAGGCCAUUCUGCCCUGCUAUCUGCAGCAGAUUCAGUCGCCCAGCUACAUACCGCUGCAGGGCAAGUCGGAGCGCGACAUCAUACUCCAAUUGGCGGUGGCCAUUCGCACCAUGGUGCACAAUUGCGAGGGCCUGGCCAAGAGCUACAAUGGCCCCUAUCGCAACAGUCCCGAGCACAAAGGCUCCUCGCAGCGCAACUGCAGCCGCGGGCCCCCCUGCUCGCCGGGUCUCGACUUUGAGGAGGAGUCGCAUCCGAAGUACGUGUCUGAUGCUCGCACCAAGAACAUGAUGGACUCCGCCGAGGAUUCCGAAAUGAUACGCACCGAAUAUCGGCGGCCACGCGAUGUGCUGCUCUCCGUUGUGGCGGACUUCCUAACCAAAUCGACGGCCCGCCUGGCCGAGCUGGCGAAGAAGAUGCCUGCCGACACGAAGCCCACCGAGGUGCUGGACGCCAAGUGCCACAUACGUCUCGCCGACAUCGCGCACUCGCUGCUCAAGGUGUCGCCCUACGAUCCAGAGUCGAUGGCCUGCCGCGGGCUGCAGCGCUACAUGCAGGCGGUGCUGCCUCGGGCGGAGUGGUCCAACGACACCUUGCGCAAUGCCCUGGUCACCAUCCUGCGGCGCAUCGACAAGGUAUUCCUCAAGAUAUCGAAGAAGCCAUCGAUACGGCGGAACACGGACUGGGAGGCGGCCGCCGGCCUGCUGAAGGGCAUCCACGAGACGAUCAUCCGGCACUCGUAUGUGCUGCACUGGCAGCAGAUGAAGACGCUGAUUAGCACCGUGCAGAACCUGAUUGUUAACGAGCCCGGCUCAGGCAUUCCCGAGGGCGUCUCCAGUGCAGGGGCAGCGCUCAUGUCUCAGAAUCCGCCGGCCUUUUUCUGCUCGGCCGUGGUGCGUGUGGUGGCCCUGCAGGUGGUCAGCCCCGUCGACUGCUUCUCACUGGUCCACAUAUGCGGCGGCAGUGCCGAGUUUGCCACGCAGGAAAAGGCCGAAGGAUUUCUGAUGCAUCUGAUCAUGCCGCUGUGUCUGAAGGUCUGUUCGGGACGCGGCGUUUCGGAUGUGGGCGAGCUGAAGAUGUCCGACGUAACCUUCCUGCUCACCGCCGUCCUCAAUGCCAUGAGUCCCCCAGCGGGACGCACGGGUCAGGCUGUGUCCCAGAUCAAUCGAGUCACGGGCGACCUGCGUGCCGGCUCCCUAACCUUCACGGGCAGCCGCGACGCCAAGCGUCCCGCGCGCAUCUCCGGCUCCCUCUAUCAGGCGGCCUUCCUGGCCCUGCGCAUCGUGUGCAUCUGCUUCGAGAACCGCCUGUCCACCGAGUGGCCGCGCAUUGUGCGCGUCAUGCGGGAUCUGGGCAGGCGCAACGAGGCUGCUCCCGAUCUCUGGAGCUUCAUGGAGUUCGUGGUCACCCACCGCACCCCACUCUACAUCGUUCUCUUGCCUUUCAUCAUGCACAAGAUCUCACAGCCGCCCAUUGGGGAUCACGAGCGACACAUGCAGUUCAUCAUUAGAGAGCGACUGCGCGGAACACCGCCACAGGGCGGCAUCAAGUCGAAGGGCGCCCUGCUGCUGGAGCUGGCCCGGGAGCUGCGCGACCUGCGCGACGAGCUGGAGGAGAAGCGCUAUGUCUCCACAGAUCGCGAGAGUUCCGAGCAGAAGAAGAGCGACACGCCGGCGGCCACCAGUGCGGCAGAUGCCCACAAGUCCCAGCAAAGACCUUCACUUAUAUCUAUCUUCACAGGGACAACCACCGGCCAGGCCACACACUCGCACGUCUCCGCUGUGCCCAUCGAUUCGCGCAGCGGCUCCGGCGGCAUAUGCACGCCCAGCGACACGCUGUCCCAGCAGACACUCCACCCGCCACGCGAGUCGUUGUCCAGCAGCUCAACGGGCCGAGAUCCGCACACCACAACCAGCGAGAGUCAGAGCGGCGAUGGAGAGGCAGGAUCGGCGCCGACACUGGUCGGCGCAGCGCCCAGUGGUUCAGGCCAUGGCACUUCCGGCACGGCCUCGGCUUUGCCCUCGCACAUGUCGCACUCGCAGUCGCUGCAGCAGGCGCCGUUCAAGGCCCAGCCGCCAAAGCUGCGCUUCGUUUCGUCCGUGGAGUUCCGACACUCUUCGGGUGAGACAUCGACCACACCGCUGUCACCCGAGAGUCCGGCCGAGGAUAGCUCCGGAGAUCACACACGUUCACGUCUGCAGCGCUCGAAGGCAGCCAGCCGCAAGACCUUCAGGCUAAAGCGCAGCCGACUGACGCCCAUGGAGCCACCCAGCAUUGUUACAUCGCUGUCGCAGGAGGAGCAACCGCCGCAGGCCCAGCCCAAGGCACUUGGUGAGAUAUCUUGGGACUCGGUCUCGCAGACAUCCUCCACAUCCGGCUACCGGGACAACAAUAGCUUGCAGACGGGCUUGCUCUCGCCGGAUGGCUCACUGGGCGGUCUCACGCUGGGCCGGUCCCCAUCGCAGCACUCACUUUUAAUGGUAUUCGAGGGACAGGACGAGGACACACUUAUUUAACAAUCACAGAACGGCGACCGGGCCUACGAACUCUAGUGACUAGCGUGACUCUCCGAGACACAAUUAGCACGAAUUUGGUAUAGAUUAGUACUCGAAUAAUAAUUACUAUAUUUACGAAUAUGUAGGGUAGUUUGGAUGUUAAAGUUUUAUAGACGAAUCGUUGUUUUCCUCCGUUUGUGCCCCGUUUUGUACGCGAUAAAUGAUGUUAGAAUGUUAAUAAAUAAACGCGGUAGCCGUUCUAUGCAUCUCCGUUCUUUUUCGUAGCCGCGGCAGACAUUGU